UCAUUUCAUUCAAAACCCAAAUCCAUAUCCCGCCCUCUUUUCCCUUCAUUAUCCAUACAGGAAUAAUAGGAUAGCACCUAUUGCUUUCCCGGAUAAAUUUCAAAUCCUACUUCACCCUACUUGUAUAUACACAACACAAGAACCAAUCCUCACGAUAUUGUUCUAAACCCGAGCGAUGGCCAAUUCCAGGAAGCCCAAUUCUGGGUGUUUCUCGAGCAUCGUGCGCCAUCUGUUGUGUAGAAACAGCAUUCCAACUUACCCGUCGACGGAGCUCGAUCACGCACCUGUCCAGAAAGAAGAACGAGAUAAGCGCGGAAGUCAUGGUGAAGAAGUCGUGGCAUCGUCAUCUGAUAGGCCUGGGAUCGUUGCGAGGCUCAUGGGCCUAGAGACGCUGCCGGCUGAUUUUGCUUGGGCCCCGAAGUUCAAGAAGUCUCCGAAUUCUGUCCCCCGGAGCAGGUCUGUGAACUUCAUGGACUACUUGCUGGAGAUCGACUUGAGCCAUGUUCCUGAUCCUAGUCAUAGGAGGGUUCGGACUUCGGUCUCGUUCCGGGAGAAUGUCCGGCAACUUCCACAUUGCCAAAGCCACGACGAGGACCUCCUUGUUCUCUACUUGGAUGACUCGGAGAACGAGUCAAAGAAGGAAGCGAGGGCGAAGUCGAAGUCGAAGUCGAAGCGACAGGAGUCGGGUCUCAGCAAUCCGAAGCACAUGGAUAAGAGAAGGACGAGAGUCGGGAAAGAACGGAAAGUCUCGAAGCUGGGAAAUGAGCCAAAAAGGGUAAGCAAGGAGGAGGCUCAGCGUGGGAGAAGAAAUGGGAAGCAGAGAGGGAAGCUGAUACAGGAGAAGGAAGUGAUGGCGGAAUCGAAAUUUACGAAGAAGAGGAGGGAGGCGAAAGCAGCAAAGCGGGUCACCGUCGUGCCUAUCGAGAGCGACGUCAUCUCGGAAGCUUCAAGUCCGAUUUCAGUUCUCGACCUCGAUGAGUGUGUUAAUGAGCUAGGAACUAGCACUGCACAAGAGGACAAGGAUUAUAAUGUGAAUUCGAGUCCCAAAAACAAUUCUUCACCGCCCAGAAUGUUCCUGCAACCUGCUCGAGUUUCGGAUCCUUUUGAGAGAAGAGGAAGUUCCGCAAAACAGAUCUAUGAUCCAGUCAGCUCAACUGCUUAUCCAGAGACCGAGUAUUGUUUGUCAGUAGCCGUGGAGGUCUACCGGUUGACAGAAGAAGACAUCGUCAAGAACUCGAACUGGGUUAAUCUUAAUGGCAAAGCCGAACAUUUCUGCGAGUUGUAUGAAGAAAUCUCUGCAACAAUUGAGCAUCAAGUCCUGGAUCUGGUACUGGAACAAUUGGUGGGCGAUCUCUGUGCAACAUAACAAUACAAGAUAUCGGAUGGACAUCGAUCACAAUUAGAACGACCCCUACCAGUUCGAAUCCUAAUAGUCCGGUGAGCAUUGUAAUAUUUGCCUGGUCAUCGGGCUAGAAGGUAGGACAAGGAAUCCAGCUUUCAAAGACGCAAAUAUUUUGAAACACAGAAGUUUUCGCAAUUCUCGGUUGGGUUCAAUUAUUACAUGUAGAAUAUAGUUGUUGGGGGAAUGGAAAAGGAAAUUCCUAGCUAGUACGAAUAGAGCUCGCCAGCUUUGUAUAUCCGACUGUAACAUAAAUGUCGGUCUUGAUGGUACAACUCGGGUUAUAUGUUAACGUACGGAAAUGUCCCUCAUUAUUUGACAACGCAUUUUUUUUUUAAUGCGAACGCGAAGCCCCAAGUCAAUGCA